AUGUCGCGAUCAACAGACCCAGGCCAUUUCUUCCAGACCGAUGCUGCAGAAGCCACUCGUGCUCGAAGAUCUGCCAAGUCCGAGAACAAGAAUGGAAAUCCGAUCGUCCUCCAGUCCAAGAUCCUGAGCUGCAUCCUCGACCCAUUCUCUUCCAACUCCAUCUACAUAGCUGAAAGUGCUGGCUGUGUGCGUAGAAUUAACGUCGAAACUCGCGAUAAAAAGACCGUGUUCAGAGGGCCAACUGCCCCCGUCACGUCAGUAGCUAUUGGUGGUCACGGAGGCUCUACUGUGUUCGCUGGAUGCUGGGACAAAGAUGUAUGGAGCUGGGAUAGGGAGACUGGUGCCGUGGGAAGAAAGUAUCAAGGACACUCCGACUUUGUGAAGGCUGUUUUAUGCAUUCUAAUAUCUGGUGGUGCUGACAAGAAAAUCAUUGUCUGGGAUACGAUCACCGGCGAACGCUUACAUACACUCAGGGACAAUUCGGAUACUAUGAUGACCAUACAAGAUCUAGCAAUCGAUCCUGAGGACUCGUCGGCUUCGGAAAUCGUACUCGUCUCCUCGGGUAGUGACCCUCACAUUCGGCGAUGGCGUAUCAGUCUCUCAGCAGCGGAACAGAUAAAUGAUUUCACUGGAGAUACCACGGCCCAGAUCGUACCCAUAAGGACUACUAUUCUAGAGCAUGAAACCAGUGUCUAUAAGUUGUUGUUCUCUGGGGAAGAGGAAUAUUCAGAUCUCUGGACAGCUAGCGCGGAUGGCUCUGCCAAGUGCUUAUCCAGGGCAAAGAACUGGGCUACAGAAGAAAAAUAUGAGCACGGAGACUACGUGCGGGAUGUGGCUGUAACGGAGGACUGGACUAUCACCACUGGACGAGAUGAAGACGUCAAAGUAUGGAAUCGCGCAACAGGAAAGCUAUGGCAUACUUACGAUGGCCACUAUCAGGAAGUAACUGGCUUGGUCGUUCUAAAGGGAGAGAAUCAGGUGGUAAGUGUCAGUAUUGACGGCACGAUCCGCAUCUGGGGCUUGGCAAAGGCAGAUCUGGACAAAGCGCGGGAAGAAGCUGCAGAGAAGUUGAAGGGCCUGAAGCAUGAAGAAGAAAAUGCCCAGCCAAAGAAAGGCCUUCUUACAGCCGAGGAGGAAGCUGAGUUAGCCGAGCUCAUGGACUCCGACGAUGAGUGA